AUGACGACGGCGCCGCCUUGCUGGCCUGUCGCACCGAUGACAAGGAUGGUGUUGGAUGCCAUAUUGCAGCGAUGGUUACUUGCCUUUAUAUCGUCGCCAGUGAUGUCAACCAUACUCUUCGUCGGCAUUCUAAAAACCGAGCAAAGGGAGUACUGUUUGAUACCUAGAUUACCAAACAAUCGGCAAUCGGGGUUGGCGUUGCCCGCCAUUCUAUCUUGGCAAAGUCCGAUAAGCGAAAGCCUCGCUUAUGUAACAACCGCUUCCCCCCCAACAACCCCACACAAGCCCCUCCAAGCAUCGCUGCCUUGCCCAUCAUCGUCAUCAGCCAACCAUCGCUUGUCGCAUUCCCUCCAAACCCAACCACCAAACCACUAUCGCGACCACCACCAUUGCGAUCAUCGCCAUCGCAACCCCUUUUUCCGAACAACAACCUCCCCCCUUAAUUCCAAGCCCUUCCCAGGCCCAAAAACCGCCAAAAUGAACCGCCUCUUCGGCACCCCCGCCCCAAAAGCCCCCAAACCAACCCUCAACACCGCCAUCACCUCCCUCGACACCCGCAUCUCCUCCAUCGACGUCAAGCUCUCCGCCCUCAACACCGAGCUAACAACCUACCAAACCAAGCUCUCCAAAAUGCGCGACGGCCCCGGCAAGACCGCCCUAAAGCAAAAAGCCCUCAAAGUCCUCCAGCGCCGCAAACAAUACGAAGCCCAGCGCGACCAGCUCCAGUCCCAAGUCUGGAACAUGGAGCAGGCCCAGACAAUGCAGGACAACCUCAAAAACACAAUGGUCACCAUCGACGCACUAAAGCAAACAAACAAGGCCCUGAAAAAAGAGUACGGCAAGGUCGACAUCGACAAGAUUGAGCGCCUGCAGGACGAGAUGGCGGAUCUGCUGGACGUGGGGAAUGAGAUACAGGAAAGCCUGGCGAGGAGUUAUGACAUUCCCGAAGAUGUGGACGAGGCAGAGUUGGAUGCCGAGCUCGAAGCCUUGGGGCAGGAGGUCGAGUUGGAAAGGGAGAUGAUGGGCGGGGACAUGAAUUCACUGCCGAGUUUUAUGCAGGAUGAGGUGCCCGAGUUUAUCGAUGAGCCGCCUGUUGCUGGGCAGGCCGGCAAGGUCAAGGAGGCUGCUGGUUAA